UGGUGUAUGACCAAAAAAAACUUUAAAAGCCUUUCUGUUUAUUGUGAUAAAAUAUCCCUCUCGACAAAAUCGAACCGAAUGUAACUUGCAGACUAUUGUAGCUUGUUCUUUACCACCAUCCACGCUGCAAACCACUCGAAAAUAUACCAUGGUUGUUCCCAACCUCAGUUCAGCCCGUGCCCCUCAUUUGUUAACCCGGAAAGAGUCUUGUUAACCCGGACAUAAUCCUCCAGAAACGCCCGGGGAGAAGAGAGGUAGUCAGCCGGCCCACCAACAAACCCAAGUCAAGCCAGAGAGCCUUUUCAGCGCGGCUUCAAUCCUUCAAAACAACCUACAGAUAUGUCCCAAGAGAGGUUUCCAGCCGCGUCCAAAAGGAGCUCUGCAAAAAACAAUCUCAGUUUAGAGCAAAUGAUAGCAGCCAGUCCAGGAAAGACUCCAAUCCAAAUGCUUCAUGAGUAUGGUACAAAGAUUGGUAAACCCCCCAUCUAUUACAUGGAAAAAGCUGAGGGCAACGCUCAUCUAACCUGUUUCAUUUUUAAUGUAGAAAUUGGAGCUGUCACCAGUACAGGUCAAGGUCUGAGUAAAAAGGCUGCAAAACAUAAAGCUGCUGAAGCUGCUUUAAAUAUUCUAAAAGGAGAGCCAGGUAUGAGCCUUCCCUUCCCAAUGACCGAGGUGUCUGAUUCGCCUAAACAGUCACAAAAUCAGUCCAACCCUAUUGGCACACUACAGGAACUUGCGGUCCAAAAGGGUUGGAGACUCCCGGAGUACUCUGUGGCUUUGGAAUCUGGGCCCGCUCACAAGAGAGACUUUACAGUGACCUGCAGAGUAGAAACAUUUCUUGAAACAGGGUGUGGGAGCUCAAAAAAAAUAGCCAAAAGGUCUGCAGCUGAACAAAUGGUAGCAAAACUUCAAAAUCUGCCAGAUAGUUCAGAUACCCCCAGGAUAUCUGGUUUCAGGUGGGAGUCUAUGAAAAAUUCUGCAGCAGAGAAGAUCACAAUGCUAAAGAGAAACCCGCUGAGUAUUCCCAACACAGAUUAUGUGCAGAUGUUAUCAGAUUUGUCUCAAGAGCAAGGGUUUGAGGUCACUUUCCUGGAUAUAGAUGAGCUGACUGUGAAUGGGCAGUACCAGUGUCUGGCUGAGAUCUCCGCUUCCCCGGUCACUGUGUGUCAUGGCACCGGGAUCUCUUGUGGUAAUGCUCACAAUGAUGCAGCCCACAGUGCACUGCAGUACGUGAAGAUCAUGGCAACAUCAAAAUAAGCUUUUAGACCAAUGAACAAUAUGAAGAGAACAUAAUCAUGUUGAAAAGAAUUUAAGUUAAGCACACGUUUAUCAUGAAAUAAAUUAAUCAGGGAUAAUAUAACAUUACAAACACGUUGUUUACAAGUUACAAACAUUCAAAGAAACUCCCAUUGCAUAAACAUUAGAAAGUGAUAUGGCAUAUAAAUUACGUUUUUGAAACAGAUUUGGAAUUUAAGUGAGGUGAAAUUAUAUUUUUUUUGCCUUGAAUAAGAUGCAGCUACAUUGAGUUUAUUUAUUUAUUUUUUAUCAUAGUAACCCUUCAGAGUAAGUAGCAGGGUUCCGAUAUAGCGUUUUGCAUCCCGACGUAUUGCUGCUACAACUGUUUAAGUUACGUACCUGUAAUUUGUCUUUUAAUUGUUAGCAUCCUGACAACUUUUAACACUUUUUAAAAUCUGUUUUAAAGCUCUUUUCAAAUUGUCCGCUCUGGUGCACUGGGGUUUGAGAUCUGUCCUCUACAGGAAGAGCGAUAUAUAUAUGACAUAAUUGAUCUGGCUUUUCUGUCCCAUACCACAUCAUGGAUCAAUAUUGCUGUUACCUGUUUGACAAUGUGAGCAAUAAUUCUUACACUAUCCGUGCACUAAAGCGGGCAUUUUGAACAGAGCUUUGAAAGUCUUUUAAAGUUAUAAAUGUAACAAAGUUGUCAGGAUGUUAACAAUGAAAAGAAAAAUUACAGGUACAUUAUUUAAACAGUUGUAGCAACACAUGAAGACGUGUAACGCUAUAUUUUUUUAGAACCCUGUUACUUACUUUGUGUCCUAGUGUGUCAAUAGCUGGGUACCAUGGAUUUUCAGUGUUUUUAAACAUGUAUGAAUGAUUUUGCAUUGCUUUUAAGUUAACCUGACUUUGAGAUAUCUCUUGUAGAAAACUCAGCAUGGUCUGCCUAAACCCAGCUGGCAUUUUUUAUUACUUUAAAAUCAAAAUGUCUUGACAUUUGUAAGACACAACAUUCAGCAGAUAACUUGUACUUGGCAAAAAAGAUUUGUAAAACCUAUUAUUUAAAAAAAAUAUAUAUAUUUUUUUCUAUUUUUUUGUGUGGAUUAGUAGAAUUGGAAAAUGUUCUUCUUGCAAAAGUAUUUAAAUCUAAAAUAUGUACAGUAUAAUAUUAUACCCAGUCAUUAUUCCACAUUCAUAAGCUGCAUUGUAACAAUAAAAGUUGAUCCAAGGGUACACUGUAGAACUGGGUGACUACACUGCACUCAAAACAUGUAAGAACUGGCACAUCUUCAUACCGCGCAGUUUCACAUCCUGACUGUAUGAAGUCGGCAGUCUUCAUUAGGGAUUCUGAAAGCAGCGUUGCAUUGGCUCUGGUGCUUCCGUGGGUUAGGGAGGCAAAACUGUCAUGGACUGUUUCUCCUCAUUGUGCUAUAGCAAACCCUGCUGGCCAGGCACCCAGUGAGCUCAAAAGUGGACACCUGCAGGGCUGGCCUUUGUCCUCCAGAGGUUGGUAGCUCAUUGACAUCCGCUCUCAUUCAUGGGUUUAAAAGAGGAAGUUGGCUUGGUUGUGGGAUCGAAGGACGCCCACUGAACCUUCAGGUCUCCUGAGCUGUGUGGGGAAUUACUGCGGUGAGGGGAAAACAUUACUGGACAGUCUAAAUUGGGGAGAAAAUUGGGGGUAAAAUAAUUGGGCACACUAAAUUAAAAAAAUAAAAGUAGUAACUGGUACUUCAUAACAAAAGACAACUGUGGUGCGUAGGGUUAAAAACUAUCAAAAUAAAUGAAAGGAAACCCUGCAACUCACAUUCUGCUUAUUGCCUUCAUCAGGGUACAAAGCAGACAAAGGACUGGCAAACUUGAAUCCAUUGCCAUAACAAGCAAAUUAGCAAUCAGUUUGGUAAUUUUGACCUUAUUUAAAGCAAUGCUGCCAUAGGACAGUGGUGAGAACAUUCAGGAUGUAGAGUUAAUCAUAUCAUGUUGCCUAAUGCAAGAUCAUCCUAAGUCAGGUUUUUAGGACUUCUGUAUAAAAAAAUGGACAAGGAGUUACCCACCAUAACGUGAUAAAGUUUGACAGUUUUACAUUUGUGGUCUCUUGAGGCGAUUUUGAUUGGCCAAUGAUUUAAGCAAUAGGGGGCACACGCUGCUAUAAUCCAGUUUCUAGUAUAAGUAAUAGGAUAAAAGCCUUACUUCUACUGUAUGUUGCUGUGUCUGGCGUUGUCUGCUUGAUGUCUUCUCUUAACAGCACUCAGUGAUCACAAAGCACAACACCAAAUUAGGAAACACAGAAACAUGUUCAUAAAAUUAACCAAAACAAAUGUUUGGUCAAACCUGUAUUACAGCAUUCCUGUUUAAAGACAUCUUUCAUCUUUUUAGCUGGUGUGUUUUGGAAUAACAAUUUUACUUUUUAUUUUUAAUAAAUACGUGGACAUUACUGGUCCUUUUAAAUGUGAAUGCAAUAUUCAAUGAUGUUCAGCUGUGUGAGAACUACAGUAAGACUGCUGCAACAUUGUCAUAACACACAACAUGUGACAAUAGCUUUUUUUCACUGUGGCAUACUUUUUAUUUUAUUGUAUGCUGUGGAACGUUUUUAAAUAAAAAAAGGUUGCUUAAAAUCACGGCUAAA